AUGGGGAGAAACUCUCUCUCCCACGAGAUCCAUGACAACAACGUCUCCGCACGAGAUCAUCGACUCCGUCCCAAGAGGAAUUCAGAUCGAUCUCACUCCGCUUCCGAUCGGUCUUCCUUACGUACCCGACCGCGAUCCCUUAACCGCAAGGGCCUCGGAUUCCUCUCGUUGCUCAAGCCACGUGGCGCAUCAUGUUUGCUCUACUCUCUAGUCGCGUUCACGGUUUGCGCCUUCCUCGUGUCCUCUCUAUUGCUUCAGAAUUCGAUUUCAUGGCAAGGGGAUGUGAAGAGAGGGAACGUGAGAAGCCGAAUUGGAUCGGAGAGUACGUUGAAGUACGUCCCUGGAAGGAUCGCGAGGAGGUUGAUUGAAGGAGAAGGUCUUGAUCGCUUGCGAUCGGAGGUUAGGAUCGGCGUUCGUCCACCGAGGCUUGCUCUCAUCCUAGGGAAUAUGAGGAAGGAUUCCCGAACACUAAUGUUGUUCACAGUGGUGAAGAAUCUUCAAAAACUGGGUUAUGUGUUUAAGGUUUUUGCCGUAGAGAAUGGUGAAGCACGUCCAUUGUGGGAACAGUUAGCUGGCCAUGUUAAAGUUUUGGUUUCAGGGCAGCUGGGUUACGCUGAUUGGACAAUUUUUGAAGGUGUUAUUGCUGAUUCGCUUGAAGCAAAAGAAGCCAUUUCAAGCCUUAUGCAGGAGCCAUUUCGUUCUGUACCACUUGUAUGGAUAGUUCAUGAAGAUUUUCUUGCAAAUCAGUUACCUGUUUACCAAAAGAUGGGCCAAAAUUCUCUAAUCUCCCACUGGAGAAGUACUUUUACGAGAGCAAAUGCAGUUGUUUUUCCACAGUUUACUCUGCCGAUGUUGUAUAGCGUUCUUGAUGAUGGGAACUUCGUUGUGAUUCCGGAAUCAGUAGUAGAUGUUUGGGCUGCUGAAAGCUACAGUGAAACCCACACAAAGCAAGCACUGAGGGAGAUUAACGGUUUUGGCGAGGAUGACCUGAUCAUCAUGGUGCUUGGGAGCUCCUUCUUUUAUGAUGAUUUUUCUUGGGAUAAUGUUGUGGCAAUGCACAUGCUGGGACCGCUUUUAACACGAUACGGGAGCAGAAAAGAUACCGGUGGUUCCUUUAAGUUUGUAUUUCUCUACGGUAAUUCUACCGAAGGACAGAGCGAUGCUGUACAUGAGGUUGCAUCGAGGCUUGGGUUGACCCAAGACAGUGUUCGGCAUUUUGGUUUGAAUGAGGAUGUGAAUAGAGUUCUACUGAUGGCUGAUAUUCUUGUUUAUGCCUCUUCCCAAGAGGAACAAAAUUUCCCCCCAUUAAUUGUGAGAGCUAUGAGCUUUGGCAUCCCUAUUAUAACACCCGACUUUCCUGCCAUGCAAAAAUAUAUGGCUGAUGGUGUUCAUGGAAUAUUUUUUAGAAGAAACGACCCUGAUACAUUGUUAAAGGCAUUCUUACCCUUGAUAUUAGAUGGAAGGCUCUCUAAAUUUGCUCAAACAAUUGCCUCUUCAGGAAGACGUUUAGCUAAGAACAUGAUGGCGACAGAGUGCAUAACUGGGUAUGCUAGGCUUUUGGAGAACAUACUCCAUUUUCCAUCUGAUACUUUCUUGCCAGGUCCUAUUUCUCAACUUCAGGUGGCCGCUUGGGAGUGGAGUCUGUUCAGGAGCGAAAUAGGGCAGACAAAACUCUUAAUCCAGGACUCCGCGUAUGCUUCCAUUGAAAGAUCUGGAGUUGUUUUCCAAGUCGAAGAGAAGUUCACAGGUGUUGUUGAGUCAACAAACCCUGUUGACAACAAUACCAUAAUUCUUUCGGAUGAGCUUCCUUCCAAAUUAGACUGGGAUGUCCUUGAACAGAUCGAGGGAGCUGAAGAGUACGAGAAAUUAGAAUCUGAGGAGCUAGAGGACAGAAUCGAAAGAGAUGUUGAGGAUUGGGAAGAGAUAUACCGGAAUGCGCGCAAGUCGGAGAAGCUAAAAUUUGAGGUGAACGAACGGGAUGAAGGAGAGCUAGAACGAACGGGUCAGCCUCUAUGUAUAUAUGAGAUUUACAAUGGAGCUGGUGCUUGGCCUUUUCUGCAUCAUGGGUCUCUGUACCGUGGUUUGAGCCUGCAAAGAUCGAAGGCUAAGCUCGGACGACGUAGAUGCAGCAGACCGAUUACCUCUACUGAAUGA